AAGAGUUGAAAACACUGAAGCGAAAACUUCCCGUACAAAAACGCGAAGACGACGUCCCAAUUUCAACGAAUAGGAAUUGAUGGUUGGUUGGCUGAUAAUUCAAGAUUUAGGCUCACUGACUUGAUGCCCCAACUAUAAGCCACAUCAAGGGUCCACACAAGCACUGUCAUGGAUGCAGACCAGGAAGUAUCUGGCAGACCUGCUCACCUCACAGUAAUAGAGAAUCUGCUUUCUGCUAUCAAGACCUCAGAUAUAGACACUGUCAAAGGCAUGGCAGAUGAGUACAGGCAAAACCCUAGCCUUUUAAGUGAUAGAAAAUGUGGUAGUGCUCUGUUAGCUGCAGCCAGGUCUCCUACAGAUUGUGUAGAGAUAGUGUACUUAUUGCUGGCAAAUAUGAAUGCAAAUGUCAGCCACAAAGACCAGAAUGGCCUCCAAGCGCUCCACUUUGCAGCCUUCAACAACAACCACAAUAUACUUAGUGCACUGAUCCAGGCUGGUGCUGAAGUGGACUGUCAGGAUGCCAAGACAUACACCCCGCUCCACUAUGGAUGUGUACAGGGGCAUGUGGACAUAGUGAAAACCCUGCUAGCCAAGGGGGCAGGUGCUUGUAGAGGCAGGAGAAUGUGGAAGGAGUCCCCUUUGCAUGUAGCUGCAUAUGAUGGUCACCUUGAAGUAGUUUUACUAUUGCUUGAAGAGGGCGAGAAUCCCAAUGUCAGAGCAGAUGUUGGCGACGGAGGUACUCCUGUACACCGGGCGGUGACUGGCGGCCAUAUUGAGGUGUUGAAGGUGCUGAUGGCAGCAGGGGGAAAUAUCCACAAGUUUGACAGCAAAGGCCAACGUCCAGUCCACAUAGCUGCAGCACAGGGAAAUGUUGACAUCCUGCAGCUGUUGAUAGAACAUGGUGCUAGUUUGAAUCUCAUCGAUAACGUCGGGAGGACUGCCCUCUCGCAUGCCGUGUGCAGUAAGAAUACUGAAGCAGUGGAGCUUUUAUUGCUUCAUGGCUCGGAUACCAAUGUGCCUGACAAACAGAGGAUGUUUCCUUUACAUUAUGCUGCCAUUGAGAAUAGGCCUCAGAUUGUGAGGCUUCUGUUGGAACAUGGUGCUAGGGUGAACGAGACUAACUCUGUGCGGGACUCAACAGCUCUUUGCAUGGCUGCAUCUCUCAACUUCCCAGCAGUGGUUCAGGAACUGUGUGCGGGGGGCGCUGAUGUAAACAAGGGAGACAAAAACAAAUUUACUCCAUUACACAAAGCUGUCAGCUCUUCAGAGCAAAACAAAAGCGAAGUCAUAUCCAUACUUCUCCAAUACGGUGCUCUUCUAGACAUCCGGGACAUUGGUGAAUACACCCCUCUAGAACGUUGCGUAUUCCAGUGUGUUAUACACAAUUUUAAUAUACACGAUCUCAAGUUGUUAGUGGGAGCAGGAGCUCCUUUAGAAAGCCAGGGUUCCAGAAGACCAUCAUCAAGACAGCACAGUUCUGCCCUCUCCUGGGUGCUGUGGCAUGGCCACACAGAUGCUGCAGCUUAUUUGGUGAGUGCUGGUUGGAACCUGUCUACAGAGGCCUGGAUAUUCUCUGUGAGGUGGAACCUUGCUCAGAAAGACAUACUAGAUAUGAUACUCCAGUAUUUAAAAGAGCCUAAGGGGCUGAGUUUUCUGUGCAGGGAUGUUAUUCGGUCAUGUUUGAUGAAGAGGAGGAAAGGGAGGGAAAUAUUGAGUGCAAUUGAACAGAUGCCAUUGCCUGGAACACUGAAGAGGUUUUUAAGAAUUGAAGAUGGCUAACGAGAAUUCUUUCACACUGAACCGAAAUGAUUUGCAAUCUGCCAUGUUGGUAUGCUGAAGUAAUCAUACUUUAUGUCUUGACAAUUUUAUUUAUUUAUCAUUUCAAAGUCAUUUUGUCGUCUGUUCCUAUACAAGGUGAAAUAUGUUUAUUUAAAUUGUGGGAUGGACUGCAGUAAUGAUGUAUUUACAUGUUGCAUUUUUUCUUCCGAAUACAUUGUUUUUGAUAACGUUCCAUAUUACGUACAAUGAAAUAUAGCACAGGUUAUAUUUGAUGAGAGAAAUCUCAAUAACAAUACAUGUAGUGACUGUGUCCUUAAGGUGAAUGAGUUCACUUCCCCAAAGUUUACAUUAUUGGAUCAUAUUGAAAUGCAUUUGUACUUUUGUAUGUGAUAAAAUAAUCCCUAGGUUAGCAGUAAAUGUAACGUUAUUUAUUGAA